UCAGAGAUAAAGUACCGAAUCGGUACAGAGGAAAUACCCCCCACAUCUUCAACAGAGAAGAAUUACGAAAAGUCGCGCCGAUCAGACAACAUGAUCCUCUGUAAAAAGACCAAACUAUCCUCCGUCUCGUUCUUCAAUAACAUUCCACAAACUCUCUUCUCACACAGUUCAGCCCAUUUUAGUACUCUCUCUCUCUCUCUCUCUCUCUACAAUGUCGAAGUCAUCGACGGCGACGACGAUGUCCACGUCGGCGAUCAAGCCGGAGGUCUACAAGCACAGCCCAGUCCACUACGCCGUCGCACUAGGUGAUCACACCACCCUCUCUCGAAUUGUCUCAUCCUUGCCCAGACUCGCCGAUCCAACUCAGAUUCACACCGAGUCGGACUCGCUAGCCCAGGAGCGAGUCUCCGACCAGAUCUCCGCCGUGCUCGACCGCCGCGACAAUCCUCACCGUGAAACUCCCCUCCACCUCGCUGUCCGUCUCAACGACGUAUUCGCCGCCCGCACUCUCGCCGGCUCCGGCGCCGAUAUCUCCCUCCAAAACGCCGCCGGUUGGAACGCCUUGCAGGAGGCGAUGUGUCGCCGGUGCUCCGAUGUCGCGGUGGUGCUCCUCCAGUAUCAGCACCGUGCCGCCUGGUCGAAGUGGCGCCGGCGAUUGCCUCGGUUAAUCGCUGUUCUUCGCAGAAUGCGAGAUUUCUAUAUGGAGAUUUCGUUUCAUUUCGAGAGUUCGAUCGUUCCUUUCGUAGGCAAGAUCGCUCCCUCCGAUACGUACAAGAUCUGGAAACGAGAUGGAAAUCUCCGAGCCGAUACGUCUCUCGCUGGUUUCGAUGGUAUGAAAGUUCAACGCGCUGAUCAGAGCUUCCUCUUUCUUGGCGAUGGUGAGCCUUCUCUCGACAUUCCGUCUGGUUCUCUUCUAGUUCUCAACCACGACGAUCGGAGAACCUUCGACGCCUUCGAGAACGCCGAAGCUCCGCUCAGCGAUUCCGACAUCGCUGGAUUUUGUGCUCAGACGAGCGUUUAUCGUCCCGGAAUGGACGUCACGAAUGCAGAACUCGUCGGAAGAACGAACUGGAGAAGACAAGAGAAAACAGAGAGCGUUGGAGAAUGGAAAGCUAGGGUUUACGAAGUCCACAACGUUCUCUUCAGUUACAGAUCUCGCAAAAUCGUCAAUGGCGAUUCUGACAUUGCAGGUUGCGAGCAAGUUCUGCCUCUAGAACUCGAAGAAGACGCUGAAGAAGGCUUUCUCGUAGCCGAAAAUCCUCAAUUCGCGUUUUCCUCUGAUAAUCGUCGCCGCCAUAGCAGCUUCGUUCGGGAGGACAGGGAUUUUGUUCCGAUGUCAAGGAAAAGCGUAGAUGUUCCGUCUUUGGCAAUGCCGAAUCGGCGUAAACCGCCGUCUGCGGCGGCGACGGCGGUGGUGCCUCCGCAGACGAAGGAGAAGGAGUACGUGAAAAGUCUACGGCCGUCAAUUUGGUUAACGGAACAGUUUCCAUUGAAGAAGGAAGAGUUGCUUCCAUUACUCGACAUUCUAGCGAACAAAGUGAAGGCCGUUAGACGAAUGAGAGAGCUUCUCACCACGAAGUUCCCUCCGGCGACUUUUCCGGUCAAGGUGGCGAUUCCGGUGGUGCCAACGGUGAGGGUGGUGAUCACAUUCACCAAGUUUGUAGAGCUUCAAUCAACUGAGCAAUUCUACACACCAUUGUCAAGUCCUAGACAUUUUGGUUAUGGCCGAGGAGGAUCUGAAGAGGAGCCGGAGAGCAAUUUCUCAUCAUUUUCUUCCACGUCAAGGUCUUCGACGUCGACAGCCUCAGCAUGGCUGAGGCGGAGCACCAGCCGCUCGAGCUCUGCCAGUAAGCCACCUCUGCCGCCGCUGAUACAACAAAAUUGUAUGGUGGUGCCGCCGCAAUCGGAUCCUUUUGCGAUACCGAAUGGGUACACAUGGAGUAGUUUUGAUGAUAAGAGUCGGAAAAUGAUGAAGAAAUCCAAGUCUAUUAGGAAAUCUAGAUGAAGAAGGAAACAAAGAAAUGAUGUUCUUUCACAUGAUGAAUUAGUUAUUAUGAGUUUGUUUGUAGAUAAAUUUACUAAGCAAUAUCAAUCAAAUUUGGCCA